CGCCCCAGGCGCCCACUGCCUCUUCUCCCUCUUUCUUUCUCCCGAUUCUUCACUCUGUAAUAAUUAUUAAAUUAAGAAAGGAAUUAAAUUAAAAGAAGGAAUGGAGAAGGGGGAAAGAAAUGGGGCUCCCGAACCGACUCCACGACGCCUCCAGCGACUCCAUCCCGAUCCUUCUCGUCGUGGCGGCCGCCGGGUGGGUCUCCUACCUCCGCUCCCUCCUCCUCUGCCUCCUCCACUCCCUCGGCCUCCAACGCCUCCACCCCUCCUCCGCCGCGGCCGACGAUCCCCUCUUCUCCGCUGCCGGGUCCGGCCUCGCCGGACUCGUCGUCGUGGCCUCCUCCGGACGCCCCUUCGCCUACGAGGCCUUGCCGUCGGCGGCCGCGGAGGGGGAACGAGAUGAGCCGGGCUGCGUGGUGUGCCUCUGCGAGCUCGCCGACGGCGACCGGCUUCGGCGGCUGGAUUUGGUGAGGGAGUUAUUUGAUCUAAUGGCAGAAAGAGGUGUGGUUUCUUGGAGCUGCAUGAUUUCGGGCUAUGCAGAGUAACAGGUUCAUGAAGGCACUGCACCGCUUUAAAGUGAUGCAACUGGAGAAGAGUGCAAAGCCCAUUGGGUUGGUGGAUGAAGGGUGCAGGUACUUUGUGAAUAUGUCAAAAGUUUAUGGGGUUCAGCCUGAGAUGAAGCAUUAUGGUUGCAUGGUUGAUUUGUUGAUUCGAGCAGGGUUGUUGGAAGAGGCAGAAGGGAUCAUCAGAAGCAUGACAAUGAAGCCAGAUGUGAUGCAGAAGACAUUAGAGAAUUUCAAGAACAUUAUCCUAUUAUCUUCGCCACAGCUUGAAGAGUGGGAUUUAUGCCCAAGUUUCAUUCCUCAUCAUCCACAAAUAUUCCCAAGAUCUCAUCAGCACAGCAAGAGGCUAAGAUGGCUGCAAGUAUGAUUCAGAUGGUUGUGAAAUGGGUCCAACUUUGGUACCAUUCUGUUUAGUUCAUGUGUAAAUCCCUUACUGCAUUCUAUCCAAUAUAAAUGUCCGGUAUUUACACUUGACCUGGUACAAAUAAUUGAGAUGCUUGUUUUUGGUAAUUUGGAAAUUGUUCCAUGCUUGGACUGGUUAAUUCUUAUGCAGCCUCUGACAGUACACUUACAGGAAAGCACAAGGCACCGUAAGCCUGACUUUCCCACCUCUGAGGCUACUGAGCAUCAGUAUUUGGCUGCAGAAUAAAUUUUAAGGGGAUAAGAAGAACUCAUCCAGAUAUUGUUGAAAUGAUGCGACUUAUUUAAUAGGACAGAAUUUUUUUGGCAUUGGGUUAGAGGGAUAAAUACAAGAAAUAAAGUAUAUUUAAUGCUGCAUAGGAUGAUGAUUUGGAUUUCUAUUACAAGGUUGAAUUUAUCCUCUCAUUCUUUUUGUUGUGUUUAGAGAGUGGUUAAGAAUAAAAAAAGUAACUGGAGGGAUAACUUUCCCUUUUCUAUGUUGUAAGAAUAAAUUCCCAUAUGAGGAAUUUAAUGCAGUUCUUAAGUAUGGGUUUGUGAUUCAUCCACUGUUUUUAAUAUUUUAUGAUUUAUACAUUAGUUACUCUUGCAUUUUUAACAUUUGGGGAUUCUACAGUUAUUAAUACUUCUUCUAAAUUCUCUUUUCUUUCAGAGAAUUUGUUAUGGCUUUGGCAUGUGGUGCAUGGGAGAGCAUGUCAUGCAUUACUGUUGUUUGCAUCAAGUUUUUGUCGAAAAAAACUUCAUUGAUCUGGCUCAGUCCCAUGGACAGAAAUUAGUGUUUAAAAAGAAAAUCCUUUCAGACGAACGUAUUGCAUACUUAACAUUGCUUGGGUUGAGUUAAGAAAGUUUGAAUGUGUUGUUGUGUUUCAGGUUUAAGACUUAGAGGAAGGAUACUUGCCGAUGAAACUGGGACAGAGUUAGUAUUGAAAGAGAGACCUGGAUUUUGACUUCAAUCCAUUUACAGAAAAUAGAAUUUUCUUCAGCCAUCUUGCUUUCUCUUAGUGCUGGUUAUUUUAUCCUCCCUUCUUGAUCUGGCCAUAGCUGUGGACAUGUUGUACUCCUAAUGUUUAUAGUCAUCAUCUGACCAAAGAUAUUUAUAUACUACAAACAAGAGAAGUUCAUGGUUCUGUUGGUUCUUCUGGUGGUCCUGAUGUGGUGCUGACGGUCCUACUAUAGUUCUCAAAAAGUAAUUGAUCCUUAGGUCUACCUAAACCAUCUUUUUAGCUUUAUAAUUAGCAUCUAAUUUUGCAAUUAUCAUCUGACACAGGACAUUUGUACUAAUGCACUAUAAAGUAAUGUAUGAGAGAACUCUCAUGUAGCAAUGAGUUGUUGAUGCUCUGCACAUUGCUAUU